UGAGCGGUCUGUCUAUAACUACUCAUUUCUCAAUUGCGGAUUCACGAACUGCGAGUCUGCGACGCAAUAUCUCUCAACGACAACCAGUAGCGACGCUCACUCUCUCAAUCUCACAGUGAGCGAACCCUAAUUGCGGAUUCACGAAGACCCUUUUUCUGAUUUCGUAAUGUUCGUGUGAUGUAUUCAAGCCUCCAACAGAUAUUGACCCUUUUUUAUGAAUUCACGAUGGAACUCUAGACAUAAUUGGGUCUGUAUCUGAACUAUAUUCAGGUUUAACCUCGAAAAUUUCCUCUCUGCUUCCGAUCAAAAUAGACGAAACAAGGGUAUUUAACCCUCCAAGUAGCAAACCCUCACCGUUGCUUGAAUUUCAGCAAUAGUGCAUGCUUUCUGCGGAAGUGUUGGCUUUGAUUGGACUUAGGAACUCCAAGGCCUAGUUGCUGCAUUUUCAGGCUACUAAAUCAUCAAAGGAAAGAAGCCCUAAAGUUACUGACCACAGAUCACCUAGAAGCCCAGUUGUUGAGUGUUCUGAUGGAUGUGGAGUGGUCUGAUUCACGGUACGAUGGUAGAAAUGAUAAGGAGGAUUCCCCGGUGAGGGAGCAAUAUGACGAUGAUGGGGCGGAGAAAUCUAGCAAGCAUAGAGGCAAGAACAGGAAGAAGGAACACCGUCGGGAACAGCCAAAGGAUGCUUCGAAAGAAGGAAGGGAAUGGAAGAAGGAAGACAGGGAUGAGCGUGAAAAGGACCAUGGUAAAGAUAAGGCAAGGGAGAAGGAUUAUGAUAGGGAGAAAUAUAGGGAGAAGGAGCGUGAGAGGGAUAGGGAUAAGAAGGACCGGAGUAAGGAUAAAGAGCGUGAGAAGGAGAGAGAGGUGGAGAAAGACAGUGAUAGAGUGCGAGAGAAAGAGAGGGGUAAAGAGAAGAGCAGGGAUAGGGAUAGGGAAAGGGAAAGGGAGAAAGAAAGGGAUAAAGCAAAGGAAAGAGAGAGGGAGAAGUAUAGAGAUAGAGAGAAGGAGAGAGAAAGCUAUAGAGACGGGGACAAGGAUAAGGGGAAAGAUAAAAUUAGAGAGAAGGAGAGGGAGACGGAUCGAGAUAAAGAAAGGACAAGAGAUAGAGUGAACAGAAAGACUCAUGAGGAAGAUUAUGAACUGGAUAAUGUUGAUGAUAAAGUAGACUACCAUGACAAGAGAGAUGAGGAGAUUGGCAAGCAGGCAAAGGAUUCAAAGCUUGACAAUGAUAAUCAAGAUGGCCAAACAUCAGCACAUCUGUCAUCAACAGAACUUGAAGAACGCAUCUUGAAGAUGAAAGAAUCAAGGACAAAGAAACAGCCUGAAGCUGAUUCUGAAAUCUCAACAUGGGUUAAUAAAAGCCGCAAGAUAGAAAAGAAAAGAGCAUUUCAGCUCUCAAAGAUUUUUGAGGAGCAGGACAACAUUGCAGUAGAGGGAAGUGACAAUGAGGAUACAGCCCAACACACUGAUAACUUGGCGGGGGUGAAAGUUCUUCAUGGCCUCGAUAAAGUUAUGGAAGGCGGAACAGUAGUUCUAACUAUUAAAGAUCAGCCCAUACUUGCUGAUGGUGAUGUUAAUGAAGAUGUUGACAUGCUUGAGAACAUUGAAAUUGGAGAACAGAAACGACGAGAUGAGGCUUAUAAAGCUGCAAAAAAGAAAACUGGCGUAUAUGAUGAUAAGUUCACUGAUGACCCCUCCACUGAGAAGAAAAUGCUUCAACAGUAUGAUGAUCCAGCUGCAGAAGAGGGUUUAACUUUGGAUGAAAAGGGACGAUUCUCAGGUGAAGCUGAGAAGAAACUUGAAGAGCUGCGAAGAAGGUUAACAGGUGUUUCCACGAAUACCUUUGAAGAUCUAACUUCAUCUGGAAAGGUAUCAUCAGAUUACUAUACUCAUGAAGAAAUGCUAAAGUUUAAGAAGCCCAAGAAGAAAAAAUCUUUGCGGAAGAAAGAUAAGCUGGACAUCAAUGCCCUUGAAGCUGAAGCUGUCUCUUCAGGAUUGGGUGUUGGUGACCUUGGUUCUCGGAAAGAUGUAAGGAGGCAAGCCAUCAAAGAUGAGCAAGAAAGAUUGGAGGCUGAGACGAGAAGUAAUGCUUACCAGUCUGCUUAUGCUAAAGCAGACGAAGCCUCCAAAUUGCUGCGUCUGGAACAAACUCUCAAUGUUAAAGAGGAAGAUGAAACUCCAGUUUUUGUAGAUGAUGAUGAGGAUCUUUGUAAGUCCUUAGAGAAAGCGAGAAGAUUAGCCCUUAAAAAGGAGGGAGAAGGGGCAUCUGGUCCUCAAGCUAUUGCGUUGCUUGCCACCUCAAAUCAUAAUAAUGAGACUGAUGAUCAAAACCCUACAGCUGGAGAGUCACGAGAAAACAAGGUGGUCUUCACAGAGAUGGAAGAAUUUGUCUGGGGUCUCCACAUUGAUGAAGAAGCACGUAAACCAGAAAGUGAAGAUGUUUUCAUGCAUGAUGAUGAAGAGACUAAUGUUCCUGAUGAAGAAAACAGUAACGAGGCUGGUGGAUGGACUGAAGUUCAAGAAACUAAUGAAGAUGAACAACACAAUACAGAAGACAAAGAGGAAAUAGUUCCUGAUGAAACUAUCCAUGAAGUUGCAGUAGGGAAAGGAUUGUCAGGUGCUUUGAAACUGCUUAAAGAGCGAGGAACACUUAAAGAAAGCAUCGAAUGGGGUGGCAGAAGCAUGGACAAGAAGAAAAGUAAAUUGGUUGGCAUUGUAGAUGAUGAAGAGAAGGAAGCACAGAAGACAAGGGAGAUUCGCAUAGAAAGGACAGAUGAAUUUGGGAGAAUUUUGACUCCCAAGGAAGCCUUUCGGAUGAUUUCUCAUAAGUUCCAUGGUAAAGGACCUGGAAAAAUGAAGCAAGAAAAGCGUAUGAAGCAAUAUCACGAAGAAUUGAAGAUGAAGCAAAUGAAGAGCUCAGAUACACCAUCACUGUCUGUUGAGAGAAUGAGGGAAGCUCAAGCUCGUUUGCAGACACCAUAUCUUGUUCUUAGUGGUCAUGUUAAACCAGGACAAACUAGUGACCCAAAAAGUGGUUUUGCAACUGUUGAGAAGGAUCUUCCUGGGGGCUUGACACCUAUGCUUGGUGAUCGAAAGGUAGAGCAUUUUCUGGGAAUUAAGAGGAAAGCUGAACCAUCAAGCUCGGAUACCCCAAAAAAGCCUAAAUCAUAAUUCCUUGGUCUACUAAUUGUAAGCAUUUUAAGCUAAUAUCCCUGCAAGCUUAGAAGUUUUAGCCCAAUAGUGUUCAUCUAUUCUGUUGCCGACUGCAGAUAAUUUGCAGCAGAAUGCGGGAAAAUUGGAUUUCCUGGGAAGAUGUAUUUCAGUGGUUAUAUUUUUUCCGACCAUUCAAUGCGGUCCAGAAUGCGGGAUUCCUUUUGUACAAUAAGAGUUGUUUUUCAAUAUAUUACAUAAAAUUUUGAAUCUUCAUUAACUUGCUAAUCCUAGAACUUAUUUAGCAUGUUCUUCAAUAUGCAUGAGUUUAUCGGGUAUUUCUGUA